CUGAUUGGUUCUCGUUUGGAGGAGCUCAUGGGUUCAUUCCGCCGCUAAGCGCCUCCCCGUUCCUCUAAACUACAUUAUAAUGCAACGAACCUCCCUUUUAACCACAAACCGAAUUUGCUUUCAUUUAGGCUAUAUAUUUUUCUUAAAUAGGUUAAAGUCAUAGAGAUUUUUUUUAUUUUUAUUUUAUUUUUUUAUUUAUUUAUUUAUUUUUUUUUUGUGUGUGUGUGUGGGAAUAGCAUUUCGCCCUGGAGCGGUGCGCAAUGCUUUCUCACGCCGACCUCCUGGAUGCUCGCCUCGGUGAGUUAUCGUCACCAAACUCCGGUCUCCAACUCUACUGGAUGAAGGAUGCCGCGGCGGAGCUCCUGGGCCACAGGGAAGCUCUGAAGUGCAGGCUCGGGGGCGGCGGACCUGACCCGGGACACUCCGGGGAGCUCGGUCCGGACGGCGUGGAAGGAGCCACGAUGCUCCCCGGUGACGACAUCAGCGGCGGCGGCGGCUCCAACCCGGUGCAGGUGAACAGCAAGGAGCAGGAGAAGCAGCAGCAGCAACAGCAGCAGCAACAGCAGCAGAACAACAGCAGCGGAAACAACCCGAACCAGUCCGGAGGGCAGCAGAGCCAGAAGCAGAAGCGGCACCGGACCCGCUUCACCCCGGCGCAGCUCAACGAGCUGGAGCGCAGCUUCGCCAAGACGCACUACCCGGACAUCUUCAUGCGGGAGGAGCUGGCUCUGCGGAUCGGCCUGACGGAGUCGAGAGUUCAGGUCUGGUUCCAGAACAGACGCGCCAAGUGGAAGAAGCGCAAGAAGACCACCAACGUGUUCCGAGCGCCGGGGACGCUGCUGCCCACGCACCACGGCCUGCCCCAGUUCCCGUCGGCGGCGGCCGCGGCGGCGGCCAUGGGCGACAGCCUCUGCUCCUUCCACGCCAACGACACCCGCUGGGCCACGGCGGGGAUGCCCGGCGUGUCUCAGCUGCAGCUGCCGCCCGCCCUGGGCCGCCAGCAGGCCAUGGCGCAGUCCCUGUCCCAGUGCAGCCUCGGCGCGGGGCCGCCGCCCAACUCCAUGGGUCUGUCCAACAUGUCGUCCAACGGCUCCGGGCUGCAGUCGCACCUCUACCAGCCCACGUUCCCCGGGAUGGUCCCGGCGUCUCUCUCCGGCCCCACCAACGUGACGGGCUCGCCUCAGCUGUGUAGCUCCCCGGACAGUGACGUCUGGAGAGGGACGAGCAUCGCGUCGCUGCGCCGCAAAGCGCUGGAGCACACAGUCUCCAUGAGUUUCACUUAGUGCCGAAGAGAUUUUUCUUUCUGCAUUUAGUUCUCUUGCAUUCAAAACAACAAAGAAAACAAAACAAAACAAAACCAGGAUACUUGUGAAUCUGCAGGCACCUGGCUUCUUUUUUUCCCUCCCUCUACAAAUAUGAGGAGAAGAGACUCUCUCCAUCAGGCCUGCUGGCCUCUUAUCAACCACAGGGCUGGUUCCGGUCAAAGCUAUGAGUUAUUAUUUCGCAUGUGGCCUCUCUGUCUAUUUAUUUGUCUAUUUAAAUUAACUUAUUGAUUCGUUUGGUAUUUAUUUGGCUCUCGGUGACACUCGCUCGCUCCGUGACUGUUUCUGAGGACGCACAUUCUGGAGACGCUUCAGAGCACAACAAGGUUGCAGAUUUCACUUUUCCUCCUGCCGCCAAAAGGGCCAAAGGGUUUCACACUGGAAGUGCCAAAGCAAAAAAAAAAAAAUAAUAAUAAUAAUAAAAAAAUAAUAAUAAUAAUAAUAAUAAAAUACAUAAAAACUAGCUUGGAGGUUUCAAAGACUGACAACUGAAAUUCAUCACCUAUCAGGAGAGAGAGAGAUGAUCUAAAUCUAACAGGAAUCAGGACAACCUGGAUGAUAACUUGACUGCAUGUGCUGUCAAAAGAAAAAAUAUAGUGAUAACAAUAAUGAUAAGUAAAGAAAAUAUAACAAAAAAGAAGUGGGGGAUACUCGAAAGUAAGACAUGGAAGCUGACGUAACUAUAACCUGUUCUAUAGGAUGUUUUUGUGUAGCAGAAAGCACUCUUGUUCCCAUUUGGUCGGUUUGUGAUAACCUUAUGUUUCCAGAACUCUGUCUGUGCUUAUGAUCAAAUAUGCCUUUCUUAAAUGUUGGAACCAUUUUUGUUUCAUGGACAUGUUUAUAUCAAUUCAGUGUAAAAUGAGCCAAUAAAAACCAUUUUCAGUAAUGUCACAUCAUGGAUGGACCCUCGUUUCUUGAAGUAUCGAAGCUCAAAAAUGGGCUUGAAAUGGU